UACAGGCGGUGCUUGCCUCUCCUGCUGGGUGCGGAUCGCCGCCGCCGCCGCCGCCGCACAGGGCGAGUGAGGGAAGGGGACGAGAGCCGAGCGGGGCAUGAAGAUGGCGGACGCCAAGCAGAAACGGAACGAGCAGCUGAAGCGCUGGAUCGGCUCCGAGACCGACCUGGAGCCGCCCGUGGUGAAGCGCAAGAAGACCAAGGUGAAGUUCGACGACGGGGCCGUCUUCCUGGCCGCCUGCUCGAGCGGCGACGCCGAGGAGGUGCUGCGCCUGCUGGAGCGCGGCGCCGACAUCAACUACGCCAAUGUGGACGGGCUCACCGCGCUGCACCAGGCUUGCAUAGAUGAUAACGUAGAUAUGGUGAAAUUUCUGGUGGAAAAUGGAGCCAAUAUUAAUCAACCUGAUAAUGAAGGCUGGAUACCUCUACAUGCGGCUGCUUCCUGUGGAUAUCUUGAUAUAGCAGAGUAUUUAAUUAGUCAAGGAGCACAUGUAGGAGCUGUAAAUAGUGAAGGAGACACUCCAUUAGAUAUUGCUGAGGAAGAGGCGAUGGAAGAAUUGCUUCAAAAUGAAGUGAAUCGACAAGGGGUUGAUAUAGAGGCAGCUCGGAAAGAAGAAGAACGGAUAAUGCUUAGAGAUGCAAGGCAGUGGCUUAACAGUGGUCAUAUAAAUGAUGUUCGGCAUGCAAAAUCGGGUGGUACAGCACUUCAUGUAGCUGCUGCUAAAGGGUAUACGGAAGUCUUAAAGCUUUUAAUACAGGCUGGCUAUGAUGUAAAUAUUAAAGAUUACGAUGGGUGGACACCACUUCAUGCGGCUGCUCAUUGGGGUAAAGAAGAAGCAUGUCGAAUAUUAGUGGAAAACCUAUGUGAUAUGGAGGCUGUCAAUAAAGUGGGUCAAACAGCAUUUGAUGUAGCAGAUGAAGACAUUUUAGGAUAUUUAGAAGAACUGCAAAAGAAACAAAAUAUGCUUCAUAGUGAAAAAAAGGAGAAGAAAUCACCGCUAAUCGAAUCUACAGCCAACAUGGACAAUAAUCAGACUCAAAAGCCAUUUAAAAAUAAAGAGACUUUGAUCAUUGAACAAGACAAGAAUGCAUCUAACAUUGAAUCUUUAGAACAAGAAAAAGCGGAUGAAGAGGAAGAAGGAAAGAAAGAUGAGUCCAGUUGCUCCAGUGAAGAGGAUGAGGAGGAAGACUCUGAAUCUGAAGCAGAAACAGACAAGAACAAACCUGCAACAAAUCAUUCCAAUGCUAUCAAUGUGCAGACAGCUCCCAUAGCAGUGACAACACCUUCUGUUACUACUGGUCAAGUGACACCUACAUCCCCUAUUAAGAAGUUUCCAACUUCAUCUAAAGUUUCUCCCAAAGAAGAUGAGAGAAAAGAUGAGUCUCCUGCAUCUUGGAGAUUAGGCCUUCGAAAGACUGGCAGUUAUGGGGCACUUGCCGAGAUUACAGCUGGCAAAGAAACUCAAAAAGAAAAAGAUUCAACAGGAGUUAUGCGGUCAGCUUCAAGCCCUAGAUUGUCAUCUUCAUUAGACAACAAAGACAAGGAGAAAGAUACAAAAGGGACUAGACUUGCAUACGUUGCACCCACAAUUCCGAGACGAUUGGCCAGUACAUCUGACAUUGAAGAGAAAGAAAACAGGGAUACAUCAGCCAGCUUAAUACGUGGUACUGGUUCUUACACAAGAAGAAAAUGGGAAGAAGAUGCAAAGAAAAAUAUCUCAAAUGAAGGAUCUGUACCACUAAAUACAAGCUAUCAAAGAAGUGGUUCCUUUGGUAGAAGACAAGAUGACUUGAUUAGUUCUAGUAUUCCAAGUAUUACUUCAGUAUCAACAGUUACCUCCCCAGCUGGUCUUCAGAAAAGCCUGCUUUCUGGCACAAGCACUGCUACAAAAGUUACAACGGGUUCAGCAACAGCAGGAAUACAAAGCAGUACCUCAAAUCGUUCAUGGGCUGAGGAUAGUACUGAGAGAGACAAAGACAAUGUUCCUACAGCAGUGACCGUUCCUGUUGCGCCAUCAGUUAUAAAUACUGCGACUACUACCACAGCCUUGACUACAACUACUUCUGGCACUGUGUCCUCAACUUCAGAGGUCAGGGAGAGACGCAGGUCAUACCUCACUCCAGUUCGGGAUGAAGAAUCUGAAUCCCAAAGAAAAGCUAGAUCGAGACAAGCAAGGCAGUCCAGAAGAUCCACACAGGGUGUAACGCUGACUGAUCUUCAGGAAGCUGAAAAAACUAUUGGUAGAAGUCGUGCUACCCGACCUAGAGAACAAGAGAAUGAAGAAAAAGAAAAGGAGGAAAAAGAAAAACAAGACAAAGAAAAACAGGAAGAAAAAAAGGAAUUGGAAGCUAAAGAUGAUGAUUAUAGGCAAAGAUAUACACGAACUGUUGAGGAGCCAUAUCAUCGUUACAGAACUACAUCUUCAACAACUUCAUCAACUUCUUCAGUUGCCCCCUCUUCUAGUUCGCUCUCUUCAAGCCAGUUAAACAGACCAAACAGCCUUAUAGGUAUAACUUCUGCUUAUUCCAGGAGUGGAACAAAGGAAAGUGAGAGAGAAGCUGGAAAGAAAGAAGAAGAAAAAGAGGAAGAUAAGUCACAGACCAAAUCAAUAAGGGAAAGAAGACGGCCAAGAGAAAAACGAAGAUCAACCGGAGUUUCUUUUUGGACUCAAGACAGUGAUGAAAAUGAACAAGAGCAUCAGUCUGACUCAGAGGAGGGAACAAAUAAAAAAGAAGCACAGGGUGAAAGCCUUUCAAGAUAUGACACAGGAUCAUCAGGGGACCGUUAUGAUUCAGUACUAGGACGGACUGGAUACAGUUACUUGGAAGAUCGCAAAUCAUAUUCCAGUAGACUAGAUAAAGAAGAUACAACAGAUUUUAAAAAGCUUUAUGAACAAAUUCUAGCUGAAAAUGAGAAACUGAAAGCACAGCUACACGAUACCAACAUGGAGCUUACGGAUCUUAAGCUACAAUUGGAAAAGGCGACUCAGAGACAAGAAAGAUUUGCUGACAGGUCUCUGCUAGAAAUGGAAAAAAGGGAACGAAGAGCUCUAGAAAGGCGAAUAUCUGAAAUGGAAGAGGAACUCAAAAUGCUACCAGACCUGAAGGCAGAUAACCAGAGGCUAAAAGACGAAAAUGGGGCCUUGAUCAGAGUUAUAAGCAAGCUUUCCAAAUAGAACCAUUUAUUCCAGCUGCAAAUCAUGGGAUUGCACAUAAUUAGUAACUCCAGUGGACCACAGCAUGGCAGUCACUGGAAGCCUGGGAAGAUUUCUUGGAGACUGUCGUUUUCAGAUAUCCUGCCAAAUGCCCUCUUACCUGGGUGUUUUAUUUUUUACAAAGAUCAUUGUUUCAUGUGUUAAAGCAGCUGCUGAGAAGACAUAAUGACUGAGAAAUCUUGUUUACAGCUAAUGCAUAUAAGGAAAGUGUUCAAGGCCAGAUAAGCCUCAGAUAUUUAACCAGUAAGCCUUAGUUGUACAUAUAAACACUUGCAUAAAAAGAAAAGCUUUCUGCUAUCACAGACAGUUACUUUAUUUUGUUGUUGUGUCACGGUUUCUGGUUUUUUCUAUCCUGCAUUUUUUUCUUUUACAUCUAAGUUUGGAAUUGUGUGUGUUCCCUUCUAAUUAUUUGUGUACCAGAUUUCCCCCUCUUGUACAGUGUUUUCACAGCUUUACAUUUACUGAGACCACACCCCUUUAAAAAUACAACUUGUGUAGCUAACUAAGCCUGUAUUGUCCAGCCAGCCAGCCCAAAACCGAGGUUUGGUAGAACAAUUGCUUUCACUGUUGUGCAAUAUGCAUUUAUUUCCUAUAAAAGAUGCUUUAAAAGUCAGUUGAAAGUAGAUUGGUUAUUUUAAGACUCCUGUUUUCUGCCUUUAUUGGUCACUUUUUUAAAAAAGAAAAAAAAAGAAAAAGGUUUGUAGUGCAAGACAUUAGAUCCUGUAACCGUCACAUUCAUUUUAGCAGGUACUGAGUGAUGCUGUAUAUAUUAAUGUGUAUUGUUUGGAUUUUUCAGACCACCACAUGACAUGCUUGAAUAUAUUUCCCUAUUGCAAAUAUGUGUUAAAGCGAAUUAGACUGCUCCAGAAUAGUGUUCAAUGCAGUCUAUUAACUUUUACAAGUUUAAAAAAUUUAAAAAUUGUACAUUGUAACGGAGCCACUCUAAAAAGUUUAAACUAAAAAAAUAUUUUUAUC